UUUAAGAAAUGACCAUCAUAAUCCUUCAUGCUACUAUUUUAUUUCUAGCAUUUACAUUAUUAACCAUUCUCUUUUUCAAGAAAACAUUAUAUACUCCAAUACCUCCAAAAGCUUGCUUACCACCAGGCCCUAAACCAUGGCCAAUUAUUGGCAAUAUUUCAAUAUUGAUAAGAAAUAAACCGUUUUUUCGAUGGGUUCAUGACACCAUGUCAAAAAUGGGCUACGAGAUAUUUUGCAUUCGUCUAGGGAGCGUGCAUGUGAUAAUUGUUACCUCUCCAGAGAUUGCAUGCGAGUUCCUGAAGAAACAAGAUGAAAAUUUUAUGGCACGUCCUACUCUCUUAUCAGCAGAGCUAGUGAGCGGUGGCUAUUCCGGGACGAUCUUUACGACAGUUGGUGACCAGUGGAGAAAGAUGAAGCGUGUAUUGGUGUCUAACAUCCUUUCUUCGGAAACUCUCCAUUGGAUGCACGACAAAAGAGCAGAGGAGGCUGAUCAUCUCGUUAACUAUGUCUACAAUGUUAUCAAGAGCAAUGAGGAUGGUGCAGUGAACGUUAGGGCUGUAGCACAACACUUUUGCGCAAAUACGAUUCGGAAUAUGAUUUUUAGUAAGAGGUUUUUUGGCAAAGGGACUGAAAAUGGGGGACCUGGAGUCGAGGAAGAGGAACAUCUUCAUGGCGUUUUUAAUAUACUCUCGUGUUUGUACAACUUUUGCAUUUCUGACUAUUUUCCGUUUCUUCGCCGUCGAAUAGAUCUCGACGGGAAUGAAAAGAGAACAAGACAAGCUUUUGAGACUGUGAGGAAAUAUCAUGACCCGGAAAUAGAUAUGAGAAUCAAACAAUGGAAAGAAGGAACAAGAAGAGAAAAAGAUGAUAUUCUCGAUGUUCUAAUCACUCUAAAGGAUGACAAAGGCAGCACUCUAUUGACAUCCGAAGAGAUUAAAGCUCAAAUUUUGGAAAUGGUGAUAGCAACAAUUGACAACCCAUCAAAUGCUAUUGAAUGGGCUCUUGGUGAGAUGAUAAACCAACCAGAGACAUUAAUAAGAGCAGUUCAAGAACUAAACCGGGUUGUCGGAAAGAACCGGCUUGUCCAAGAAUCUGACAUGAACAAUCUCAAUUACAUUAAAGCUUGCCUUAAAGAAUCUUUUCGUCUCCAUCCAAUGGUGGCCUUCAAUCUCCCACAUGAGUCCAUUUGUGACACCAUGGUGUCCGGCUAUUUCAUACCUAAGGGUAGUCAUAUUCUUUUGAGCCGUCCAGGUCUGGGGCGUAAUUCUAAAAUAUGGAAUGAACCACUUCGAUUCAAUCCGGAGCGUCACCUUAAAAAUGAUGGCUCACAUGUGAUAUUAAAUGAUCAAGAGCUCCAUCUAUUGUCAUUUAGUAUAGGUCGGCGUAGUUGUCCCGCGGUUAACCUAGGAUCUACCGUGUCAAUUAUGUUAUUGGCUCGACUUCUUCAAGGUUUCACAUGGAGCCCACCUCCAAAUACGACUUGCAUUAAACUUGUGGAGGCUAGUGAUGGGAUGGUUCUUUCCGAGCCUCUACGAGCCAUUGCAAGGGCACGCUUGGAUGAGAGGUUGUAUGCAUCACUUAAUUCGUAAUAGAUGCAAAGUAAUGGACACCUAAGUAUAUUCAUGCUUUAUUUACAUACCUUGUUU